CUGACACUGAGAAGGAGGAAGAGAAGAUAAUCCACCAGAAGGGUCCGCUGAAGCUACAGACAGUCUGAAGAGAAGAGAAGAAAGUCCUGCAGCAGUCAUCGUCACCAUGAAGAUGCUGAUUGUGUCUGCACUUGUUUGUGCCAUGAUGGUUCUGACCAGAGCUGCUGCUCCUCCAGAGGAAACUCCCCAAGAUGAAACAGAGAGUCGCCUGGUCAAGAGGUGGACAGCUUGUCCCUCGGUCUGGUCUGAGUACGGAGGUCAUUGUUACCUUUACGUUCCAACACCUAUGAGCUGGGCUAGAGCUGAGAGAAACUGUCAGUCCCUGGGUGGAAACCUUGCGUCUGUUCACAACAUCCAGGAGUACCAAGCCAUUCAGGAUGUGAUUUUCAGAGCCACUCAUUCGACUACACUGACAUGGAUUGGAGGCUCUGAUGCACAAGAGGAGCAUUACUGGCUCUGGAGUGAUGGCACAUCUUUCAGCUACCAGAGAUGGUGUCAUGGACAGCCUACUAACUAUGGCGGCACGGAGCAUUGUCUGCAGAUGAAUUACUCAGAUCAAAAGUGCUGGAAUGACGAAAUAUGCUCCAACAACUUCCCAUCUGUCUGUGUCAGGAAGAGAAGAUGAUUCCAGGUCUGACACAGAGACAUGAAGAACCCAUUGUGUUGCGUGCAUGCUUUCAUAUACAUCUUUCUUUACACCCUCAGUCUCACAUGUGAGCUGAGUUUUUCUUUGCUAUCGCUGUAACGCUACUGAAGGAAUGAAGCUACAAGUGACAUUAACAGGAGCUGGAUUGUCUCUGAGGCCUUGUGCCUUUAAUGAGAGCAGACUGAAUGUGUUAUGAAAAGAAUGCUUUUAGCACUCCUUCACAUAUAUUCUGCAAAGUAAACUCUUCUUUCUUGUCUUAUGCAAAAUUAAAGGCUCAAGCAUCCAAACAAA